GCGAGAAAGCCUGCAGGGAGGGGUCGAGAGCGGGGAGAGGGCGGAGUCGCGGCCGCCUCCGCCUCCUCCCCCGCCCCCUGCGGGAGGCCGAGGGCGGGGCUGUUGCCGAUCUGGACGUUCGGGCCAGUCUGGGGAGAGUAUGAGCCGAGCUCCGGCCGCGGUGCGCCCGGGCUUCGGGGGCGAAGGCGCCGCCGCCUUCUGAGUCGCUGCGGCCGCCCGCGAGGCCCGGCGCGCGGAUGGUGCCGGUGCGGCUCGGGGGCUGAUCGCACGUCCCCUCUCCCGGCCCCUCCCCGCGCGGUGGGCUCCCCUCCCACCCGGCGGCGGAGCCAUGUCUCGGGGGUGGCUCCUGCCCACACCUGUUGUGGGACGUGAGGAAAAGGUCCCUCGGGCUGGAGGACCCGGCCCGGCUGCGGAGCCGCUACCUGGGAAGAAGAGAAUUUAUCCAAAGAUUAAAACUUGAAGCAACCCUGAAUGUGCAUGAUGGCUGUGUUAAUACAAUCUGUUGGAAUGAGACUGGAGAGUAUAUUUUAUCUGGCUCAGAUGACACCAAGUUAGUAAUUAGUAAUCCUUACAGCAGAAAGGUUUUGACGACAAUUCGUUCAGGGCACCGAGCAAAUAUCUUCAGCGCAAAGUUCUUACCAUGCACAAAUGAUAAGCAGAUUAUCUCCUGCUCUGGAGAUGGAGUAAUAUAUUAUACCAAUGUUGAGCAAGAUGCAGAAACUAACAGACAAUGCCAAUUUACGUGCCAUUAUGGAACUACCUAUGAGAUUAUGACUGUACCCAAUGACCCGCAUACUUUCCUCUCUUGUGGUGAAGACGGAACUGUUAGGUGGUUUGAUACGCGCAUCAAAACUAGCUGCACAAAAGAAGAUUGCAAAGAUGAUAUUCUAAUUAACUGCCGACGUGCUGCUACUUCUGUAGCGAUUUGUCCGCCAAUACCAUAUUACCUUGCUGUGGGUUGUUCUGAUAGCUCAGUCCGAAUAUAUGAUCGGAGAAUGCUGGGCACAAGAGCUACAGGAAAUUAUGCAGGCCGGGGGACUGCUGGAAUGGUUGCCCGUUUUCUCCCUUCUCAUCUUAACAACAAGUCCUGCAGGGUGACGUCUCUGUGUUACAGUGAAGACGGUCAGGAGAUUCUCGUUAGCUACUCUUCAGAUUAUAUCUACCUUUUUGACCCCAAAGAUGACACCGCACGAGAACUUCGAACUCCUGCAGAAGAGAGAAGGGAAGAGUUACGGCAGCCUCCGGUGAAGCGCUUGAGGCUUCGUGGUGACUGGUCAGAUACUGGACCCCGAGCCAGGCCGGAGAGUGAACGAGAGCGAGAUGGAGAGCAAAGUCCCAAUGUGUCACUGAUGCAGAGAAUGUCUGACAUGUUAUCAAGGUGGUUUGAAGAAGCAAGUGAGGUUGCACAAAGCAAUAGAGGACGAGGAAGAUCUCGACCCACAGGUGGGACGAGUCAGUCAGAUGUUUCGACUCUUCCUACGGUCCCGUCAGGCACUGGUUUGGAAGCGGGUGACACUGUGAUGGAAGUAGACACUUCAGCUGAGCAGUUGCUACAACCUUCCACGUCCUCCAUGGUCCACUCCACAGCAUCUCCUCCAGGAAGCCCACCUUCUACUUCUCUGCUGUCCUCUCCAGACAGUGAGCACAGGUCGUCUGCCGAGGCGUCUGGACAGCACACACACCAUCAGUCUGAAUUUUUAAGGGGGCCUGAGAUAGCUUUGCUCCGUAAGCGGCUGUACCAACUGAGGCUUAAGAAGGCUGAGCAGCAGAGGCAGCAGGAGCUGGCUGCGCCUUCCACUUCCGGUCAGGCUUCCCAUGAGGGCCCCGCCCAAGACCCUCAUGCUGCAGAUUCUCCUUCUUCUGUGGUUAACAAACAGCUCGGAUCCAUGUCACUUGACGAGCAACAGGAUAACAAUAAUGAAAAGCUGAGCCCCAAACCAGGGACAGGUGAACCAGUUUUAAGUUUGCACUACAGCACAGAAGGAACAACUACAAGCACAAUAAAACUGAACUUUACAGAUGAAUGGAGCAGUACAUCCUCCAGUUCUAGAGGGAAUGGGACCCACAGCAAACCGGAGGGUCAGGAGGAGUCCCUGGUCCCACAGAGCUCGGAGCCGCCUCCAGCAGGAGAUAGCGAGACAGAAGCUCCUGAAGAAUCCUCAGAGGAUGUGAACACGUCCCAGGAAGGUGCAUCUGCAGAAAGCACAGUUCAGAGCCAAGUAGACACAGCACAUUCAGACAAGUUCUCAUCUGAGCCGUCAGAUUCCAGCUCAGGAGAAAGGAACGACUUCAAUCCUGAUAGUCCUUGUGGGGUUCCAGAAGACACCGCUUUGUCUGAGAAAGGCUGGGAACCAGGGACUUCGGAUCAAACCAGUGCUGACAGCACUGCCCAUCUCAGCAGCCCUGAUGCUGAGCCCAAGACACAGACGGAAGCUGUGGGGCCCGUGCCGCCCGAGGAAACAUCAGCCACAGACUCUGCUCUCCAGGACACCGAUGACAGUGACGAUGACCCAGUCCUGAUCCCAGGUGCCAGGUAUCGAGCAGGACCUGGUGACAGACGCUCUGCUGUUGCCCGCAUUCAGGAGUUCUUCAGGCGGAGGAAAGAAAGGAAGGAAAUGGAAGAACUGGACACUCUGAACAUUAGAAGGCCACUAGUGAAGAUGGUUUAUAAGGGCCAUCGCAACUCCAGGACAAUGAUAAAAGAAGCCAAUUUCUGGGGUGCUAACUUUGUGAUGAGUGGUUCUGACUGCGGCCAUAUAUUCAUCUGGGAUCGUCACACCGCUGAGCAUUUAAUGCUUCUGGAGGCUGACAAUCACGUGGUGAAUUGCCUGCAGCCACAUCCAUUUGACCCAAUUCUAGCCUCGUCUGGCAUAGAUUAUGACAUCAAGAUCUGGUCACCACUGGAGGAGUCAAGGAUUUUUAACCGAAAACUUGCUGAUGAAGUGAUCACUCGGAAUGAGCUCAUGCUGGAGGAGACGAGGAACACCAUCACAGUGCCCGCCUCCUUCAUGCUCCGCAUGCUGGCCUCCCUGAACCACAUCCGGGCCGACCGGUUGGAGGGUGACCGAUCAGAAGGCUCCGGUCAGGAGAAUGAAAACGAGGAUGAGGAAUAAUCAACUCUGAGUGGCCAGCACUUGGGAGGUUUUGAUAUUUGUACAAGACACUUAUAUUUUUUUCUUUACAGAGCUUCAGUGCAAUUUUAAGGUUGUGGUUUUUGGAGUUUUCCCUUUUGCGGGGGAUAACCUGACAUUGGUGUGGAGUGAUUGUGUGCAUGAACUGGGGAGAGUGUGUGAAAUAAAACUAGCAGAAUGUUUUAAACCCUAGUUGCCAUGUAUGAGGAGUGCUAGCAACGAAAGUGCAAUACUGCCACUCUCCACCCGGGGGAGCUUGGAUCAACGUUGAAGAGCAGUUCUCAUGGUAGAGACAAUGUUGGUUCAAAUAAAUUUCUACACUUGCCAUUUGCAUGUUUGUUGCUUUCUAAUUAAAGAAGCUGGUUGUUGUAAGA